AUAGAAAAUAUAAUAAUUAAUAAUGUGCCUAGUUUGGGCGUUUGUUCCUUUUUUUUCUCUCUCACACACUUAAUUCUUCUCCGUUAAGAUUCUUUUCAGUUCUCACCGUCGUUGUUCUUAUUAUCAACUCUUUCCCCUUCUCAACCUCAACAACAAGGUUCAGAGAAUUCGCCGACGAAGAAAGAGAAACCGCAACCAACCGCGGAUGGCGGAGGAACACCGUUGCGAGGCUCCCGAGGGCCACCGUCUGUGCGCCAACAACUGCGGCCUCUUCGGCAGCUCCGCCACCAUGAACCUCUGCUCCAAAUGCUACGGCGCCAUCCGCUUGAAGGAGCAACAGGAAGCCUCCACCACCAAAUCCACCAUCGAAACCGCGCUCUCCUCCUCCGUGGCGGAGCCGCCGCUGUCCGCGACGCCUCCCGCCGUGGAAGCCGCGCCUCCGGCGGACGUGGCAGUCGCGGUGGCGGUGGCUUGGAGUUCUUCUCCGUCCGGUUGGGUUGAACCGAACCGGUGUGCGAGGUGUCGGAAGCGCGUGGGAUUGACCGGGUUUAAGUGCAGGUGCGGGGUGACGUUCUGUGGGAGGCACAGGUACCCGGAGAAGCACGCCUGCGGGUUCGAUUUCAAGACGGUGGGAAGAGAGGAGAUUGCUCGCGCCAACCCUGUCAUCAAAGCGGAGAAGCUGCAGAGGAUUUGAUUCGAUCGCGACCGUCCACGUGUACCGCGGGGAGAGACAUGUCGUUUUUUUUAUGUGUAAUCAAUCUAUCAUCAUGAAUGAAAUGAAUAAGUCGUAUAAAUAUUUAUUUCAAAAGAUAAAAAUUUGUAGGGUCACCGUCGGGGGUGGUUGAAAAAUGAGUGACUCAGGGAAACAACGCGCUGCGCGGUGGAGCGUUUUAUUGUGCUUUCGGUAAUCAAUGUGUUGGGGUCAAGUUAUGUUAGCGUGCUCGCUCGCGGUGCCAAUUUUUUUUUUUUUUUUU